CGUAACCACUUCGAUACAUUGUGGUUGUCAUGGAAACGAGCUCCCCAUCAAACAGCGCGAGGGCUCGAUUCCCAACUGCGGCGAGCCAAGCAACCAAAACCGGAAGAAAAAAACUGAGAUUAUUCGACGGUAUUUGACCGGAGGUCAUCAUGCAGGACAACAGAAAUGGGAUGAUGUCGUUCCCUCCACCGAUCAGCAAAGAUAGGAUUAUCUCAGAUUUCCCCAAGUGCUACACACCUGAGGCCUCCCUGCAGCUGAAGAGAGACUGGGACGCUGAGGUUAAAGCCGCCUGUAAGGACAGAGCUGCCAGACAUCAGCCGUGGGACCGACAGAAAAUGUCAAAAGUGGUGGUUGUUGGAGACCUUAAUGUGGGGAAGACCUGCCUCAUUAAUAGAUUCUGUAAAGACGUAUUUGAAAGAGACUACAAAGCCACGAUAGGAGUCGACUUUGAGAUCGAGAGGUUCGAGAUAUCCGGAGUACCUUUCUCCCUCCAAAUCUGGGACACCGCUGGACAGGAAAAAUUCAAGUGCAUUGCUUCUGCGUACUACAGAGGGGCUCAGGUCAUAGUCACAGUGUUUGACAUGGCCGACAUUAAGUCUCUAGAUCACACACGCCAGUGGUUGAAGGAGGCCAUGAGAGAAAAUGAGCCGGACUCCUGCUUCGUCUUCUUGGUUGGCACUAAGACUGACCUGCUGCCGGCAGAAGAAAGACAGAGGACAGAAAAAGAUGCCGUCAAGAUUGCAGCAGAAAUGCACGCAGAGUUUUGGGCUGUUUCGGCCAAAGCGGGAGAGAACGUGCAGGGAUUCUUCUUCAGGGUGGCAGGUUUGGCUUUUGAGAACUGCAUGCUGAAGAACAUGGAGAGCAGCGCCCCGGCUAGCAUCGGUGGUUUCAAAUCAGAUUGUGCAAACCUGGAGGAGCCUGCACCACAGGAAGUGAAGAGAAGCUGCUGCUGAACCAGACGGAGGCUUCAUCCUGACCUUCAGCUGCAGAAUUCAGAAGUGAUCGAGUUUUACUGGACGGAAACGUGCCUUAGGUGUCACUGGGUUUAUUUAAUCAUCAAAACUGCCAUGUAUUCUGAUGUUUGCAGAAGGUUCAACCAACCUUUGGACUGGAUUUAAUACAUUUUGUUUUUCUAAGUCUUAUGAGCUGUGAUCAGUGUGUCAUGUUGGACAUCUCUGCAGUAUUUCUAAAAUAUCAACUGCAUCAUGUCCAUCAUUUCAGAGGGACUCAUUUGGGAUCAGCCAAUCAUGCCUUUGCUAAAGGUUUUAUGGGGAUGCUUCAGAUUUUCUUUGCUACUGUGAUAGUGUUUGUUUCUUCUUACAGUAUUGCUGUAAAAUAUGUCUCAUCUUUCAUCAUUGAUUGUACACAGAUGGAUUUAUAAACAAAGGAAACCAAAUAUUUGUAUUUACUACUGACUAUAUAAAAGUUUGAAUAGGUUUAUGUGUUAAUGAACUAUGAGCUACUAAUGCAACACUUAUGAUGGCUAGCAGUGCUGAAACAUUUGGGGGAAAAUAUCUAAUUAAAAUUUUUGCUAGAGAUAUUAGGAUUUGGUUGUCAGUAUAAUUUUGUAAGGUCCUUGUAAUAGAUUUAAAGUGUGUGUGAAUUAUUACUCAUGAAAAAUGUGACUAUGACAGAAGGAGGACGGCGAGAAUUAGAAAAACCAUUGGCAAGACCAUUUAAGCUGUGCCUCAGAUGCACUCCAUGAUGUAUAUCCUGAUUUUGGUUUGAAAUUGAUUAAUAAUUCAACCCCAAUGAUCAGAAUAUUACAUUGUCAUUACUUAAAGUGAUAAUCAAUGCAGUAACUGUUGAUAGUAACAUAUGUAUAUUGAUGAGAGCAGUAUUUUUUAAUCAGUAAAAAUAAAGUAAGUUAAGUGUUCCAUGUUCAUAAUAUUUAAAUAAGAUAAUGAGCUACAGAUAUUCAAAACUCACGUAUCCCCAUAGACUGUAUAAUAAAGAUUAUUAUCAUACAAUC